CCGUCUGACAACAGGAAAUGACGCUUGUCUGUUUUCGUUCCUACAUUUGCUGGUUUCAAGUUGAAGUAGCCUGACAUGCUCUUAAUUAGUGGGGUUAUGUGUUUGUAAAAUUGUUUUAGAAGCACUCAGAUUUGAACAAGAAACGAUGGCAGAUCCUGCGGUGGCAGCCGGAGGAUCGCUGAAUAUAGGAGCGCGCUCAGGCGGCGGAAAGACAACCACCACUCCUGCAGAGAAUUACCACCUCGCUAGGCGUCGAACUCUCCAAGUUGUGGUGAGCGCUCUGUUGACUGAGUGCGGGUUCGAGAGCGCAGAGAAGGCCGCCGUGGAGUCACUAACGGAGAUGAUGCAGAGCUAUAUAUCAGAAGUGGGACGAUGCGCCAAAAGCUACUGUGAACACACCGCCAGAAGCAUACCUACUCUCUCCGAUGCUGUGGUCUCGCUCAUUGAAAUGGGAUUCAAUGUGGACACUCUACCAGUGUAUGCCAAGAGAUCCCAGAGGAUGGUGAUAACUGCCCCUCCAGUGACAAACCCGCCUGUGGUUCCCAAGGCCUUGAUUGCUGGGCAGAAACGUACGCAUCCCUCCCAUAUCCCCAGCCACUUUCCAGAGUUCCCAGACCCUCACACCUACAUCAAAACACCUACGUUUCGGGAGCCUGUGUCAGACUACCAGGUGGUGAGAGAGAAGGCCGCGUCACAGCGGAGGGAUGUGGAGCGGGCGCUGACACGCUUCAUGGCCAAGACGGGAGAAACGCAGAGCCUCUUUAAAGAUGACAUCACUGCCUUCCCGUUGAUCGCAGCGCAGCGGAGUGCCAUUCCAUACCUGAGUGCUCUGCUCCCUUCAGAGCUGGAGCUGCAGACCCUGGAGGAGACGGACUCCUCAGAACAAGACGACCAGACAGACAGCGAGAACACUCCUGGAAACAUCAUCAGCGAUGAUCCGGGAGCUGAUAAGGAAAAUUCAGUGCUGCCCCCUGGGGGUGUGGUGCCCUCAGUGAAGGCCAGUGAGGAGAACAUGAUAGACAACCCAUAUCUGAGACCAGUCAAGAAACCCAAAGUAAGGAGAAAGAAGUGAGAAUAAUUAAAAUGUUGUGAAAUUAAUAUGGACUCCUGUCUGUCAGCCACAACAAAUGGAACAUUCUAGACCAGCUCCACCACCCUGUGCCUCUAUGAGAAGUGGACCCAUAGGGAGGAUUGGUGAGAACUCUCAAUCUGUGGCUGCUUGUCCCUCAGCUGAAGGGAGACUCUGACUUGCAACCCUGGCUUCAUGUAAACAUGCCAAAUGUGCACAACUGAGCAUCAAGUCUUGUGGUAAAAAAAAAAUUCAAAAUGUAUCAAGGUUCCAAUUUCUGUUUGGUAAUUUCCCAAUUAUGCCAACAGUUAUAUGAGCAUAUUGAGCAGGUCAUGAAUGUUUGUUUUUUGUUGUUGUGAAAACCUUUCUGUUCCCCCAAGACGCAUUUGAAUCUAUUACAGUAGAAAUGGGCACAGAUGUUUCAUCUGCCAUGUCCAGUUUCUGUAUCUAGUAGAGACCACGAAAGAUGGCUGAAUACAUCAAAAAAGUAGUUUAUUUCUGCCUGUAACGGAAUAGGCUUCUAGAAGAAUCAGGAGUAAAAUAGACUGAGGUAUGCUUCUCUGGUCCUCUGCUUUUGAAACUCCUUGUCACAAGGGAGCUGAACAUAAUUAAAGACAAAGAAAAAACAUAGAAUAGUUAUAUGUUGCUGCAGGACAGUACAGUACAUAUAUCAAAGACCACAAAUACAGUUCAAUGAGUAUUUUGUUUUCAGAAUGAAAAGAUGAAUGAGAAGUUUGAGUUUACCGUACUCGGUAUAUUACAGUUCUAUGUACAAUAACAAAAUAAACAACAGGGAGUUCUUGUC